AUGACAGCUACACAACCCGCCUCGUCGCCGGCGUGGGAUCAGUCACAGCGCAAAAAAGUGUUGCGCGUGAUAUUCAUAUCUCUACUGCUUGACCUGAUAUCAUUCACAUUCAUCCUCCCCCUCUUCCCCUCCCUGCUCAACUUCUACCUCCAACAAGACCCCUCCCCCUCCUCCCUGCUGAACCGGAUAUUCCAUUACUUGAACGCCUACAAAAACGCAUUCUCCAAACCCAUCGAUUCGCGCUACGACAUUGUCCUCCUCGGCGGCGCAUUGGGCUCUUUGUUUUCAUUCCUCCAAGCGCUCGCCGCCCCCGUCAUCGGGCAUUUAUCAGACCGGCAUGGCCGACGAACCGCCUUGCUCUGGUCCAUGCUCGGAAAUCUGAUCAGCGUCGCAUUAUGGGUCGCCGCGACAGACUUCAAGACCUUCCUCGCGAGUCGGGUGGUGGGUGGUCUGAGUGAAGGAAACGUACAAAUGGCGAAUGCGAUUGCGACGGAUAUCAGCGAUGAGUCGCAACGAGGCGCGACGAUGGCGAUGGUGGGCGCUUGUUUCAGCAUUGCAUUCACCUUUGGGCCGGCGCUGGGCGCGGCGUUGGCGAAUGUAUCAAUUAUAAAGAAGAAUCCGUUCGCGACGGCGGCGGGGGUGUCGCUGGGACUCAUUUUGAUAGAGACGGUGUAUUUGUAUGCUUGUUUGCCGGAGACGCAUCCCCGACUUACUCCAAAGUCUGAGAAGACGAAUUGUGCUGCUGGUGCUGGUGAGACUAGUUCAUCGACCGAGCAGGAUGAGCAAAAGAAGGCCGAUAGCAAGCAAAGAGUGUAUACCAACAACCCAGCUCUCCUCAACCUCAUCCAUUUAUUGUUUCUCCUCCCCUUUUCAGGCAUGGAAUUCUCCCUCCCGUUCCUCACCACCACUUUACUUGCUGAAAGCAACAACAACGCCAACCCCUCCGCCGUCAACGGCCGCAUUUUGGGGCUAGUAGGCCUCAUCGCCUCUCUGCUUCAAGGAACAAUGGUCCGCCGUCUCCCUCCUCUCCUGACCGUGCGCAUCGGCGUCAUCGUAUGCGCAAUCGCCUUCUUCUCGCUGGCAAACAUCUCCUCACUCAAAGGACUGCAAAUCUCGGCAUGCUUUUUGGCGAUCACCAGCGCCACGGUGGUCACCGGCUUGAAUAGCUUAGGGAGUCUGGAAGCUGGGCCGGGUGAGAGAGGCAUUGUGCUGGGAAGAUUGAGGAGUUGGGGUCAGUUUGGGCGGGCGUUGGGCCCGGUGUUGUUUUGUAGUUUCUUUUGGUGGGUGGGCAGGCAGGUUGCGUAUACGGUCGGGGGUGUUGUAAUGCUUGGUGUUGUGGGCAUUGUGGUUCUGUUUUUGAAGGAGCCUGUUCGUCGGUCGUAA